GGGUGGCUCUUUGCCCAAAUGGGGUGGCCGACCCCAUUUGGGCACCCCAUGGCCAUUGGGGGUGGCCGGUCCACCCCCAAAGGCCUUAGGGCAGUCCCAAAGGCAAAUCCCACCAAUCAUUUUAGCUCCCAUUUCUACCGAAGAGUGAACUUUCGUCCCUCCGCAAUCCCCCAGCUAUGGCGGACCGUGAUCUCUCCUCACCUCGUGCUCUUCGGGGUGUCCUUAGUGGUGGGGUUUCUGGCGACGAAGGUGGCUCUACAAGGCUGGAAGGACAGGCAGAGCCCCAUGCCCUAGGUGGAGGUCCAGGAUCAUAUGGGUAACCAGGAUUUGCACCAGGCUUAUUCUCUUCUCUUUUGGCUAGUUUGUAAGAGUGGAAAACGGUAAAAUUUUGCUUUCCUUUCCUUUCCUGAAAAGGAUCCGGCUUGAAAACCCUACCGCAUGGAAAACGGAUCCUUUUCAGGAAAGGAAAGGAAAGCAAAAUUAUAUAUGCUCCCCACUCCCUUCUACACCCUCUUCAAUAUUCAUCCGUCACCCCUCUACAACGGACCCGAAGCUAGGACGGGCAGAUGGAUCUCACGUUCCUUGGAGCGGUUUCGAAGAGAAUCAAACAGGAAAGGGAGACAGGGUGUGGUAGUUCACGAAAUUCGUCUGAGAUGCUCGAAUAUUUUUCCCGGACGAUGGAAGAUAGGGAAAAUGAACUAAAAGAGGAGGUAAGCUUCCUCAAAGAGAAGGUUAGCUUUUUCAGGGCAGGUUUCUUUACUACACGUGAAGGUCCAAUUCACACCUAUAUACAACUCAAGCCAGGAAUUAAUGGAUCUCCCAUACUUGCAGAUAGAGCCUUACUGGCAUCAGGAUCACCGAUCUUUAAGUAUAUGCUUGAAUCGGAUGUAUGUAAAGCGACACCAGAGGACACCAUAACACUGCCUGAGUUCAACCAUGAAGAGCUCGAGUGUCUUCUAGAGUUCCUUUAUAAUGGGAGCUUGCCUAAAGAAAAAGUGGACCAGCAUGUCAUCUCAUUGUCACAAGCAGCCGAUAAGUAUGACAUCCCAUACUUACAGAAGUUUUGUGAGCGUCACAUGCUUAGGUCGUUGAAUUCAUCCAAUGCUCUUGAUGUUUUAGAGAUCUCAGAUAUUUUUUCCUACACAUCCCUGAAGAAGGCGGCUUUGGACUUCAUUGUCAAAAAUGUGGAGGAUAUAACUCUCUCAGCUAGAUAUGAAGAAUUUGCACGCAAGAACGCCCAUCUCGCCCUGCAGAUAACAAGGUCAUUGGUUAAGGGAGCCAAAAACAAUUGAGUUCACUAUAAGGGUGUUGAUGGAGAAGAAUGUUUGUUUUAUUUUCUUUAUAAUCACGUAUUGAUAUGUAGCACAAACCGUAGCUGUUUUAAGUCCAGGUUGCCCUUGUAGGCAACAAUCCUUAGCGUCGGGCCCCCAUUGGAAAAGGGUUUGCGUAUCCUUUGCGGGAGGAUGGGGGAUCCUAUUGUAUUGAGACUUAUUGUUGGGUUAAAUCCCUUUUUAUGUGUUUUAAUAUGUUAUAAUUGGUGAUCCAUUUCCUUUUGUUUUAGGUUUUA